GCCCGCCUAGCCCCCGCCUAGCCCCCGCCUAGCCCCACAUCGCCGGCUUGUUGCAGAUUUUGACGGAGAAAAUUCUGAUAGCGGAGACAGCAGAGCCAUAGAAUUGGACCAUAUUCCGGAGGAGAUUGAGGAGGUGUCUGCCGUUCCGGAAGUGAAGGAGAAGAAGAAGAGCAGAAAUGCUUUGAGUAAGGGGACGGAAGGUGAAGAGGUCCGAGCUAUGCAGGAAGCAUUGCAAAAACUAGGAUUUUACUCGGGUGAGGAAGACAUGGAGUUUUCCAGCUUCUCAAGCGGGACCGAACGUGCUGUCAAGACUUGGCAAGCCUCCUUAGACGCCCCUCAAGAUGGCAUAGUGACUGCAGAACUUGAACAAUUAUAUACGGUGGCACAAAUUGAGGGUCCGGAUGAGUACUCUGACUGCUACACACAAGACAUGCAUCCUGGAAAUAUCCCUGUUCGGCUGGCUCAGAGCAAGUCUUCCCGGAAGCGACUCUUCAAAACAAAGCCUCAUGUCAUUUUCCUUGACUUAGGCACGACUGCUGAACUCUCUAAAAGUGAUAAGAGUGAUUUCAAGGCUGUUGCUCUUCGUGAUGGGCGUACUGCUGCUGAGUGCACACUCAAACUAUCCAAGCAACACAAGUGCCCAGAUCCAAAGGCUUUCAUUGAGCAAGUCGAGGAGGCAUUUGCUUUCUGGGGUACUCCAGAAGCUGAUCUGGUCCAUCCUGCCGAGUAUAUGCAGCAGUUACUCGAGAAAGUUAGGCGUCAUAGAGUCAAUGUCUGUACUUUCAUGGUAACCACUUUGGCUCUUGAGGUAGAAAUUGAGUAAUAUCAUCCCAAUGAAUAACUCAAAAAAGCGCUCACAUGAAUAACAUGAUUCUGAUACCAUCCCAAUGAAUAACUCAAAAGACUGCUCACAUGAAUAACAUGACUCUGAUACCAUAUUAGAAUGUGAGCUUACAACUCGAAACCAAUUGGCAAUGACUACUCAAGAUCAUUUAAACUAUGGCAAGGCUUUAAUUCCCCGAUGUGGGAUUCUCUCUCAGCAAGAAGCAAGAAGUCUGCCAUCUCACUUGAAAAGAACAAUCAGAAGUGCUUCUCAAUGGCGGGCAUUUGAUAUUUUUGUAAACAUAAUUCAAUUGUAUUCUCAAUGUUAUGCAACAAUCACAGAGUACUUUCCUCCCGUAUACUCUGAAGAACUUGAUGGUUUUGAUUAAUCUGAACAAAGUUGAUGAUCUGGCAA